GUGUAAACCAGAUGAGACAAUAGAAAUGGAAAAGCAAAUAGUUCUCUGUGUUGCAGAUUGUAGCAGUCAACAUGAAGCCAUCUUGUCCCAGACCACUCUUAGUGUCCAUGGCUUCCACGUGAGUGAGUGCUCAGUAAGCCAAACCACACAUUUCUCCUGGAUGAUGUCCGCAAAGGGGAAAGGCACGAAAAAGAAUAACGAAUGAAAGUCAGCAUUCUUCUCACCAUCGCCCCUCCAUGUUUGAUCCCGGGGGGGCAGGAACCGGGCAAGACGCCCCACGCAAUCACAGCCCAGGGAGAAUUAUCGGCAGACGGCUGACUGAACAGGGCCGGUUUGCUUACGCUGCACUGUGUGGCGUCUCCCUGGGCCAGUUGUUCGCUGGACCUGAAAACAGUGUGUUCAGGGAACAGUACCUGCAGGGCUUGGUCCGCUGGCUAGACCUGGACGAGUCGGUGAUGCCGGUUAUGGGGGCUUUCCUGUCCGGCCUGGGCUUCGAGGGAUCCGACACCUUCCUCUCCAUCCUACAGGCUGAACCUCUGCUGGCUGCAGGGGCCACACCCAUCAUACAGGACCUCGUGUCUUUUUCUGUCAAAGACGGCCAGUACGAUGCCAGAUCGCGGGUUCUCAUCCGCCACGCCAGCUGCCUGUUACGAGUCUCUCCACGGCAGCUGGAAGAGUUUGAGGAAACACUGGGAGAGAGACUGAGGGAAGCAGGAGAGGAGAGCGAAGAGGAGUCCUCUCGGCGCCUGAGGAGAGAAAGAGGGCGAAAGUUACGACGUUACCUCCUCAUUGGAUUAGCCACUGUGGGCGGAGGAACUGUGAUUGGUGUGACAGGUGGGCUGGCAGCCCCGUUGGUGGCAGCAGGGGCCGGUGCUGUGCUGGGGGCUGGUGGGGCUGCCGCUCUGGGCUCAGCCGCUGGCAUUGCAAUCAUGGCCUCCCUGUUUGGAGCAGCAGGGGCUGGAUUGACUGGCUAUAAGAUGAAUAAGUGUGUCGGGGCGAUAGAGGAAUUUGAAUUCCUGCCGCUACGCUGUGGGAAGCAUCUUCACCUGACCAUUGCAGUGACAGGUUGGCUCUGCAGUGGUAAAUAUAGUUCGUUCCAGGCCCCGUGGUGCAGCCUGGGCGAGUGCGGGGAACAGUAUUGCCUGGUGUGGGAGUCUCGUUUCCUCAAGGAUCUGGGCUCGGCUAUGGCCUCUCUGUUGGAUGGGCUGGUCAGCAUUGUGGCCCAGGAAGCCCUCAAGUACACAGUGCUCUCAGGCAUCGUGGCGGCCCUGACGUGGCCUGCAUCUUUGUUGGCAGCAGCCAGCGUCAUUGACAACCCCUGGUGUGUUUGUCUGAACCGCUCUGCUGAGGUGGGGAAACAUCUGGCACAGGUUUUAAGAAGUAGACAGCAGGGGAAGCGCCCUGUCAGCCUCAUAGGUUUCAGUCUUGGGGCAAGAGUUAUCUACUACUGUCUGCAGGAGCUUGCCAAUGACCAAGGUAGUGAAGGAGUAGUGGAGGAUGUGGUCCUCCUGGGGGCCCCAGUGGAUGGCUCUGAAAAGGCCUGGGAGAAAAUGGCCAGGGUAGUGGCUGGAAAAAUAGUAAACGGAUACUGCAGAGGGGACUGGCUCCUGGGGUUCUUGUACCGGGGUUCGGCAGCACAACUGUCUGUUGCUGGGCUACAGCCAAUCAAUCUCCAGGAUCGGCGCAUAAUCAAUGUGGAUCUUUCCUCUGUGGUGAAAGGUCACUUGGACUACAUGCGUCAGAUGGACACCAUCUUGGUGGCAGUAGGAGUUCCCACCAAAGAAGUCCCAGGAGCCUCCUUUGUGCUUCCUCAGCCUCACCCAGUUCCAAAGGGGACAGUGGACACCCCUGACCAAGCCCCCAGUGAGCAACAAUUGACUGAGACACGAAACCCAGCUGAGAAGGCUGAGACUUGUAUAGAAAAAAAAGGAGAUAUGAAGGAGGUGGGAGAGAACGAAGCAAAUGGUGACGGUUGGGAUAUCCCUGAUAUUUCAGACCUGCUGGACUCUUUGAAUGAUACAGAUUUGGAGAAUCACCUGGCAGUCAGGAACAAUUUACCACUUACAUCUGAGGAGAAUGACGCUAAGGACGGCGCAGCAUCUGCUUUUAAUGCCCAGUGUGAUGGUGUAGAGGAGGCCAACUCGGAUAGUGAACACAUAUCAUGGAGCUGGGGUGAUACACACUGGACUCCAGAGCACACACACGGGCAAAGGCGGCCGGACUUGUAAAGAGCAUGUUACAGGUUCAGCUGCUUCCUAGUAAAUUCUCAUCUUCUCAAGUUCCUCUCAGCACCAAAGCUUUGUUGGAGAAAAUAUUAAUUCCAUUUGCAACACACUGACGCCAGACACAGCACAAGAGUCAGUGCACACAAAUGGCAGCUUCGAGUGAAAAGCUUUGUUUAACCACUAAACAGUGUUUUUAGACUUAUGUAUUAAUUCAGUAACAAUUUAGAGUUUUGUGACUGAAGUAGAUUUUUUACAAACUGUAGAUAGUGUCAUAAUUUAUUUUUUAAACUCAGUGUCAGAUCAAAUACCUGUCAAUAUUGCUUGUGUAUUGCAGGUUUCAGUGGAUGCCACAAAAUGGGUGGCAUCUCUGUUCCUUUCAUCUCUAAUUUUCAUCGGUUGGCUUGGUUGCCAUGGAUUUUAUCACAGUAAUUUUGAUUUCCAUGAGGCCAGGGGAAAUUCAGUGAAUGUGUGUUCUUCAGCGUCUUUCCUUUCUCUAUUACACCUGUACAAUGUGAAGAACUGCUUACUGUAGAUCUUACAUAAAGAUUACAUUGGUUACAUUGUA